AUGGCAGUGCCUUUUCCCGAGCUUGAUGGGGAUGCUCUUGAGUCAAAUCGGAGACCGGAAUCUCCUGAAGAUCAUGGUUUCAACGAGGAAGGGAUACCAAUCUUACCUGAUAUUCCAACUGGAGCGCACCACGAGGCCAGCAGCGGAGGUCUUUUCUUCUCGCCGGACGAUACAGAGUCUCGUCAGCUCCCUCCUUCUCCUCCACCACUCCCCGAAAACACUGGUUCCUCUCUCGAUCCUCCAGAAUACGACCUCUCGUCAGAAGAAGACGUGGGUCCAGUUGUAGGGAUCGACUUGGGGACCACUUUCUCUUGCGUCGCCGUGUGGGAGGGCGGGCGACCGUGCGUCAUCGCCAACAACAUGGGCAACAGAACGACUCCCUCCUGGGCCUCCUUCCAUUCGGACAACGUGUUUGUCGGCGAGGCUGCACGCGCCAAGGCCUCCCGAAACCCCCAGUGCGCCGUUUACGACGCGAAACGCGUCAUCGGUCGCAAGUGGUCGGACACCUCCGUGCAAGAAUCGCUGCGACUUUGGCCGUUUUCGCUCGCCGAACACCGCGGGAACUGCGCCUUCCAGAUAGGCUCACAGCUGUACACGCCCGAAGAGGUCUCGGCCUACGUGCUAGCCAAAAUGAAACACGCCGCGGAAGACUACCUCGGGAGGAAGAUCAAGAAGGCGGUGGUGACCGUUCCAGCGUACUUCAACGACGCGCAGCGACAGGCGACCCUCGACGCAGCUACAAUCGCGGACCUGGAGGUGGCAAGAAUAAUCAACGAACCAACAGCUGCAGCCUUGGCGUACGGACUGGAAAAAACAGAGGGAGACGACUCACUUCAAACCCUGUUAGUCUAUGACCUCGGUGGAGGGACGCUGGACGUCACGAUCCUCGUUCUGGAUGGAGGUGUAUUUGAGGUGAAGAGUACUAGCGGAGACACUAACCUGGGCGGGCAGGACUUUGAUAACAAGCUGGUCGAGCAUUUUCUCCCGGAGGUGAAGGCUCAGUGUGGCGUGGAUAUCACAGACAAUAAAGCCAAAGCCAUGAAGAAACUUCGCGAUGCUUGUCAGGUCCUGAAACACAACCUCUCGCACUCCGAGACCGCUACAAUCGAAGUGGACGCUUUGAUCAACGGCAAAGAUUUUGAUUCUUCUCUGUCGAGAGAGAAAUUUGUCGAGAUAACUCAUUCGCUGCUGGAGCGCUGCCUCAAACCGGUCAAACAGGCUCUACAAGAUGCCAGGAUGAGCGCAGAUGAAAUUGACGAAGCUGUGUUAAUUGGGGGGUCGACCCGCAUCGUUAGAGUCCAGCAGCUCCUGGAGGAGAUGUUCCCGGGUAAGAAACUGAGCAAGAAGAUAAACCCAGACGAGGCCGUAGCGAUGGGGGCCGCUAUCCAGGGGGCCAAUCUCUCGCGGGCCUACGAGACCAAGGAUCCGAGACUAGUGGGAAUAACUCUAAUGGAUGUGACCCCACUCAGUCUUGGUAUAGAGCUGGCUAGUGGGAAGAUGAGCACGAUAAUCCCUCGUAACACCACCAUCCCUUAUUCCCACACGCGGGUCUACAAGAACAAUGAAGACUACCAGACGAAAGCAAUCGUGGAGGUGUUCGAAGGAGAGGAGAAAUACACAAAGAACAAUCGGCUUCUCGGGAAGUUCACGCUCCCGGGAUUGCCCCCCAAACGGAGGGGGCAGGUCCAGAUCCCCAUUUCGUUCACCGUGGAUGCUAAUGGAGUGUUGGAGGUGGUGGCAUGUGUGAGUGGUGAGGAGGGAACUACGAAGAGACUGGUGAUCCAGAAAGACAAGGGACUGUUGACAGAGGACGACAUUCAGCGGAAGGCCAAGAUCCUAGCCAAGUGGGAGAGAAAGUGCAGGGCCGAAAAACUAAACUAG